UAUUUUGUUCCAAUUUUCUGUUUCCUCUUUAUUUUUUCCCUGUUAAGAAGAAUUUGAAAUCCUACCGUUCUGCAAUUCAUUAUUCACUACACCAAGCUCUCCUCUCUCCUCUUCCCCCGUAGCAAAGAAAUGGAAGAACCAGAAGGACCAAUGCUCCACCUAAUAAUGGAGAAGGGUCCUCUUUCUGGGCAAAAAUUGGAAUAUAAACCCGGAUACAAGAUCCAAAUCGGCCGGGUCGUACGCGGCAACACACUCCCUAUCAAAGACUCUGGAAUCUCCUCCAAACACCUCCGCAUCCACUUUCAAUCCGGUUCAUGGGUGAUCGAGGAUCUCGGAUCCUCAAACGGUACAUUUCUCAACACUUUAUUAGUCGAUCCAUCUCGCCCCACUAAACUUACCGACGGUGAUAAUAUAAAAAUUGGCGAAUUAACCUCCAUCGCAGUUAAAAUUGAAGCAAUGAAAGUUGAUUCAGUUGAAGAAGUUGAGAUGAAGUGUAAAAAUACCCGGCGAAACCCUAGGCGUAAGGAAUUAGGGGUUUUAUAUGAAAAUUGCGCCCAAUUAGGGUUUGGAAAUGGUGGAAUUGAGAAUGUGGGUGUGGGUGUGGGUUCCAAAAGAACGACGAGGAGUUCUAAGAGUGCGGAAAAUGACAACUUAACUGUAAUUGAAGUUGAGAAAGGGAGGAAAGCGAAUCCGAGGAGGACUAGGGGUUCUAAGAAAGAGGAGAGUGUGAAAAAUAUGGUUGAUAGUGUGAAGGAAGCUGAGAAUUUUACUGUAGCUGAUGUUGAAAGAGAAACAAAACGGGGUAGACGGAGUAGGAAAGUGGAAAGUGUUAAAAAUAGGGAUGAUGAUGUGGAGGAAACUGAGAAUCUUGCUUUAGUUGAUGUUGAAAGCGAGCUUAAAUGGUGUACGAAGAGGACAAGGGGUUCUAAGAAAGUGGAGAGUGUCAAAGAUGUGGAUGAUGGUGUGGAGAAAAGUCAGAGGCUUGCCUUGGUUGAUGCAGAGCAAGAGAGUAAACGGUGUACGAGGAGAACGAGGGGUUCUAGGAAAGUUGAGAGUGUUAAAAAUGUGGAUGAUGGUGUGGAGGAAACUAAGAGUCUUGCUGUAGUUGAUGCAAAGCAAGAGAGGAAACCGAGUCCGAGGAGGACUAGGGGUUCUAGAAAAGUGGUGAGUGUUAAAAAUGUGGAUGAUGCUAAGAAUUCUGUAGCAGUUGAUGUUGAGAGAGAGAAGAUGGUGUAUGUAAGGAGGAAUAAGAGUUCAAGGAAGGAAAAAGAUGCAGAAAAUAUCCAUGAAAAUGCAGGUGAAAUCAUGGAAUUGAAGCAACUUGAGAAAGGGAAAGGAAGUGCCGCAAGAAGGGGGUGUUUGGAGGAAGAGGGGGUGAUGGACAGGUUGGAAAGAAUCCAAAAAGAUCGUGAAGAAGCAGUAGAGAACAAUGCCGAUGAGGUGGCAGUGAAAUUGGGAAGGGAGAGUUGCGAGGUUUCGGUUAGUAAUGCUGGUGUAAGUAUUAGUGAAGUCCAAGAGGAGAAGGAGGUGGAUUUAGAGAAAAUGACACUUGGAGAGUGGUUUGAUUAUUUGGAGGUUCAUUUGCCAAAACAAAUAAUUGACGCCACUGAGGAGAUGAUUUUAGAUAUGAAACAGAAAACAGAGAAGUUUCAGGAGUUCAUGUUGCAGCACAAGAAUGCAAAGGGUUGUGAUGGAAUACCAGAGGGUUAGACCGAGGACUCAGUAGGGAGCUUUACAUUCUUAGGUUGACAUGCUUGGAUGGAGCCUGAGAUUCAACAGCAUAAAAGUUAGGACCUGUUUUAAUAGAAGAUGUUCAACCUCAGAUGACACAGUUGGAGGCCGGAGGAGGAAGCGCAAUACUGCUAAGGAAAAGUGUCCUACAAAUUGAAGGGAGCAAGAUGUUACAGCAAUACAUGCUCUGGCAGAUGGCAGUGCGCUUACUGUUUCACCUGGGAUGAUGCUUCUGAUUCUAAAAUUGUUUCAGCUGACCUUGAUUUCAGUCUCUCUAGCAUCUUUCUCAACUUUGACAUAGCAGAUUGUAACAUGAGUAUUAAUGCUAGAGAAGAAUGAUGGGGCUUGGAGUUAUUAUCAAUUUUUUGUAAAUACUUUCUACUGCUUUAGUUGUGCACACUUGUGCAUUGGACAUGACAAAUGAGGCAUAACAGUAAUGACUGCAUGGUUUGGAAUUUUUUUUUCAUCUAGUUGUUAAUACUAACAACAUGAACGAGUUAACAAAGA